AUGGCGAUUCCCCGCACAGUCCCAGCCGCGCUGGGCGCGGUUGCAUUCUUCCCGACAACAGCCAUCCUAGGCAUCCACAUUAUCCUUGCUCGGUCACCCGCGGAUCGAGCGUCGUCAGUGAGGACAACGGGUAUUGUUGCGGCGCUCUUCGAAGCCGUCAUCUUUGUUGCUGUGCCGUUCCUCAGCCUCUCACAUGUCGUGCCAUGGGCCCCGAGUUCGCAUUGGAAAUGGUUUAGGAGGGUAUGGUUCGACGCGGGCUUAGCGCUGUGCACAGUUGCCACGGUUAUAUCGAUAUCGAAUAUCGUCUGCCUCAGUAAGGUUGUCCAUGACCCUCUGAGUACCAUCCUGGGAUGGGGGGUAGGGGAUUUCUUGGUGGGAGCCUCGGUUGCGCUGGGGCUGGCGUUUGCGACACAACUCGUCUUUUUCAUUUUCCACUUUCUCGCUGGGAGAGCACUUGGAAGUCGCCCUGAGGGAUCGGCCCAAACCGAACUGGGCAACAAGCUGGGUCCUCGUAUCAAAACGGUCCCGUAUCACGAGACAACCCCGACCUCGGCCAAGGACCGCGGGAGCGCCUCGUUCGAUUCUCCAACGCCCCCUGGUUCAAGCGGCGACCGCUCGGGAAUGGAGACCAUAAACUCGGCUCGGUCUUCCCUUUCACACGCCAUCCGACCCAUCACGUCCAAGACACGCUUGUUGUCUCUCAGCCGCCGGUCCUCCCACCGGCCUACUUCUCUCGACCUGCCUGCCGCGCAAGAUCGCCAAUCCCGUUCAACGGAAGUUGGAUUCGACUCCUGGGACACGUCAGCCGUGGAUCCAGAGACCCGCCAGACAGUCUUGGAAUCCUCGUCACCGCCGCACAGCCGCUUCCUCGAGACCAUCCCCGCCAGCCCAACAACCAGCCGGAGCCCCAGCCCCGGCACCGCGCUGGACAUCCUCGAGCCGCCGCGCGCGAAACGGAGGAGCCGCAGCUACAGCCCCGUGUCGACACGGGCGAUCCAGGCGCAGCGGGUGGCCUUCACGCAGCAGGAGUCGAACAGCGAAGCGCACAUCCACCCGCUGUUCCGGUCCGACUCGCCGGCGCCGCCGAGCGCCACGCCUGGCACGGUGGUGGUCGCGGCGCCCAACGCGGGCCAGGUCAUCUCGGACAAGCACAGCAUCCGCAGCAUCCAGAGCAUCCGCCGCCUGCGCAGCGAGAGCCUCCCGCCCGUGCCCGGGCCCAGCCCGCUCAGCCGCGCCGGCUCGUGCGAGUCGUUCGCUCGUCGGAGGGCCGAUAGCAGCUCGCCGGAGCUGCGCGAGGAGGACGAGGUCGAGGCCGUGGUGGUGGGUGCUGCUGCGGCGGCGGCGGCGGUGGAUACGGAGCGGAAGAUGACACCGCCGAUUCCGGAUUAUAUCCUCAAUGCUGGGUCGACGUCGAGUUUGACUACUUCACAAAAGCCGUGA